CGGAGGGGAGAAGAGGUGUGUAAUGCUUGUAAAAGAGGAGGCGCGUCACCAACCCACUAAAACAGGAAAUGGGGAAGGGAAAAUAGGCUGUGUGUGUGUGUGUGUGUGUGUGUGUGAGUCUCUGUGUGUGUGUUCGCGCAUAGUGAGCCCCCCAUUCUCAAAUGAGCGAGCGCGCCUCCGUUAGAGGAUGGCACGCGCUUGAGGGGCUGCGGUCCCAUUGACUGCUCCGUCUCCCUGACAGCAGUGGCAUCAGCAGCGCGGAGGCAGCGAGAGAGAGAGGGUGUGAGAGAGUGAGCGAGCGAGAGAGAGCGCGAGCGAGCUAGGAGCGCCUCGCGGACUCCUCCUAGCCAUCAUCCAACACCCAAGCCCAAGUCUGGUGGCGGGGACAUCUUGGAUCAGCCAACUGAUCUCGCUUCCUUCGGCUCGUGUCACCUCCUGGCGAAGCGAUGGGCUGCCCGUAACGAGUGGUGGAGGGGAGCGGCGGGCAGGCGGGGGGUGGGGGGGAUAGAGAGAGAGAGGGGAGAAAAAGCCGAACAGAAACAAAAGCACAACCGUGGGUGCCCGCAACCAUGAAAGGUUUGCACUGUUUGCAAGAGCUGCCGCUCUUCCCGUGGACUAUGUCGUGAGGAGUGCCUUUCUUCGCUCGGAUUUUCGUCAAAAAAAAAAAAAAAAAAACGACACGCCAAGGAGGGGUAAAAGAUGUCCGCCUCCGUGGGGCCCCAAAGCGGCCCUCGCCCACCCACAGCGCCGACUUCCAUGCCCGAUCUGCCGGACCUCAGUCACCUCACGGAGGAGGAGAGGAAGAUUAUCAUGGCAGUGAUGGUUCGGCAGAAGGAGGAAGAGGAGAAGGAAGAUGCCAUGUUAAAAAGGCUGCACCAGCAGUUUGAGAGCUACAAGGAGCAGGUGCGUCGGAUCGGGGCGGAGACGCGGCGGCCGCAGGGACAGGCGCAGCAGAAGGACGACGCCCCCACCUGCGGGAUCUGCCGCAAGACCAAGUUCGCCGACGGCUGCGGGCACCUCUGCUCCUACUGCCAGACCAAGUUCUGCGCCCGCUGCGGGGGGCGUGUCUCCCUGCGCUCCAAUAACGUGAUGUGGGUGUGCAACCUGUGCCGUAAGCAGCAGGAGAUCCUCACCAAGUCGGGAGAAUGGUUUUCGGGGCGGGGCGCGAAGCCGCCGGGCCUGGGCGCGGCCGUCAGCGACCCCGCCAUGUGCGGUGAGGCGGGGGGGCGGGACAGGAAGGUGCGAUCCCGCUCGCAGAUCCCCCUCGGCGGCGGGGCCCCCCCCACCGACACCGCCGCGGCGCCCGCCACCACCGCCGUUGCCCCCGGCGACCGCAACAGCAAGGGACCCGACCCCGCCCAGACCAACAUGGCCACCCUGCGGUCCCGCAGCGAGCCGCCGAGGGAGAAGAAGAGGCCGCUGUCCGUCCCGGAGCAGAACGGGAAGGUGGUGGGGGUGCGGGGGGAGCGCCGGCGGGGGCCCGGGAAGCAGCUGUCCCAGACGGCGGAGGACCGGGAGCCGGGGGACAGGCGCGAGGGCCGGCGCCUGGAGAAGGGGCGGUCCCAGGACUACCCGGACGCGGCGGCGGGGGCGGGGACGGGGACGGGGGCGGGGGCGGUGGAGGAGGGGCGGAGGCGGCGCGAGGAAGAGGAGCGUCAGCGCCAGCGGGAGGAGGAGUUCCAGACCCGUUACCGCAGCGACCCCAACCUGGCGCGCUACCCGGUGAAGCCGCAGCCCGAGGAGCAGGAGAUGCGCAUCCACGCCAAGGUGUCCAAGGCGCGGCACGAGCGUCGCCAUAGCGACGUGGCCAUCAACGAGGUGGGGCUCCCCGAGGGGGGCGGCGGCGGGGACGCGCCCCAAAACCGCCUGGGCAGGCAGAGGGGGGGCGAGGGGGAGCGUAAGGUCCUGCUGGAGAACCACCGCUCGUACUCCGCGGACAGGACCGGAGGGGGCGGGGGCGGGGGCGGGGGCGGGGGCGGGGGCGCGCCCCAGCCCAAACAGAACCACGGCCCCCAGCCCCCCGGGCCCCGGGCUGGGCCGGCCCCCCCCGCAGGGCCCCCGAACCUCAGGGAGCCCCAGGACUGGGGCAGGCCCGGCCUCCUGGAGCCCGGCUCCGCCGCCCUGCUGCGCAAGGCCAAGCGGGAGAAGAUGGAGAACAUGCUGCGCAACGACUCGCUCAGCUCCGACCAAUCAGAGUCGCUGCGCCCGCCGCCGCCCCGCCCCUACAAGACCAAGCGCGGCGGCCUCAACAAGCGGCAGAUGUCCGUCAGCAGCUCGGAGGAGGAGGGCGGGUCCACGCCCGAGUACACCAGCUGCGAGGACGUGGAGAUCGAGAGCGUCAGCGAGAAAGGUGACUGGGACUGCUAUCCUCUGGAUCCAGCCGUGUGGCACCAUCCCGUCACAUGGCAGCCGUCCAAAGAGGGCGAUCAUUUAAUCGGGCGCAUCACCCUGAGCAAGAGGACGGCCAUGCCCAAGGAGGCCGGGGCCCUGCUGGGCCUGAAGGUCGUUGGCGGGAAGAUGACGGAGACGGGGCGGCUCGGGGCCUUCAUCACCAAAGUCAAGAAGGGGAGCCUCGCCGACGUGGUGGGCCACUUACGCGCAGGCGACGAGGUCCUGCAGUGGAACGGGAAGCCGUUGCCUGGAGCAACGAAAAAGGAAGUUUACAACAUCAUUCUGGAAUCCAAAUCGGAACCUCAAGUGGAAAUAGUUGUCUCCAGGCCUAUUGGAACCAUCCAUCGCUUUCUUUCCAAAAACUUCUUGAGAAGGGUGUAUAAAGCAUAUCAAGAUAUACCGAGAAUUCCAGAAACAUCACAUCCUCCUUUAGAAUCUACAGGUUCAAGUUCCUUCGAAUCCCAAAAGAUGGAGCGGCCCUCCAUCUCCGUAAUGUCCCCUACCAGUCCCGGGACCCUCCGCGACAUCCCCCAGCUGCUCCCCGGACAGCUGUCUGUGAAGCUGUGGUACGAUAAAGUCGGCCACCAGCUGAUCGUGAACGUGCUCCAAGCCAUAGACCUGCCUGCCCGGCUGGACGGGAGGCCCAGGAACCCCUACGUCAAAAUGUACUUCCUGCCCGACAGGAGUGACAAAAGCAAGCGGAGGACCAAGACGGUGAAGAAGAGCGCGGAGCCGAAAUGGAACCAGACCUUCCUGUACCCCCACGUGCACCGGCGGGACUUCAGGGAGCGCAUGCUGGAGAUCACCGUGUGGGACCAGCCCCGCGUGCAGGAGGAGGAGAGCGACUUCCUGGGGGAGAUCCUGAUCGAGCUGGAGACGGCGCUGCUGGACGACCUGCCGCACUGGUACAAGCUGCAGACCCACGACGUGUCCUCGCUACCUCUGCCCCAGCCCUCCCCCUACCUGCCCCGUCGCCACGGACACAGCGACAGCCCCAGCAAGAAGCUGCAGAGGUCUCAGCGCAUCUCUGACACAGAUUAUGAUGAUCAUAUAGCGCUGGUCACCUCAGCCGCAGAGAGGAACUCGCGGGAGAGGGAGCGCUCCAGCACGCUGACGGUGCCCGAGCAGCAGAGGUCCGCCCAGCUGCGCUCGCGCUCCGUCUCCCCGCACCGGGACGACCCGGGCCGGGCGCGGUCCCGCCCCCCCAACGUGCCCAUGCAGAGGAGUCUGGACGAGAUCCACCAGAACAGGCAGUCGCAUUCCCCCUUCCGUUACCAUGACUCCCGCGGCCACCACGAUCACAUGUCCCAGGAUUCCGACCAGGACUACUCUGAGGACAGUGAGGUCCUCAUGACGCGCAGAACUAUCCGUGGCGGGAGUGCGGAGUGCCUGCACACAAACAGGAGCUCAGCUAGACACAGCAGAAUGCUCCCCCCAAAGAUGCCCUUGUUAGUCAAUGGCAUUCAUAAGGAGAUAUACAGCGCCACCCUCCCUGCAUGCUUAAAGACCAAGCCGCUGCUCAGACCGGACGGUGGUGCACCCCCCCGCCCUGCUACCCCACAGCGUGUGCUCAGAUUCACUGACGAGAUCACGCUUAGUGAUCUGCAGCCCUCUCUUGACAGGGUCAAAAGUGCCAGUACCAACUGUUUGAGACCCGAACCCAGUUUCCGUUCGUCCGAACGAGAAAGGGGUUCCCAAUCCCUGCCACGCAGGCGACCAGCAAGCCCCAGGAUUUUAAUCCAGCAUGCGUCCCCCGAAGACGACAGACUGCAGCCCACCUCUAUAUUAAGGGGAAGCAGAGGAAAGCCACUGCCUCUGCAGCCGCUGGGUCAGAUGCCCUUUGGGGGAUUCUGCCCGGGCUCAGACCAACUGGACAGAGCACAUGCACAUAGAAGCCCCUCCCACUCCCCUCCCACGGGGACCCCCUCAUCAGGCCGCAGGGGGAGGCAGCUGCCGCAGGUCCCCCUGAAAAGCAGCAGCAUAGAGCAAGCCCUAGCAGUGGAGGAGCGAGCUCGUCAGCUGCAGAUGAAGGUUCACUCCUACAGGACCUCCACCGCCUCCAGCUCCAGCCAGGACCUGGAGCUGGAGCUCAAGACCAAGCGUGAGCUCUACAAGGAGCAGAGGAGGAGCUCUGACAACAUGUCCGCCAAGUCCUCCGACAGUGACAUCAGCGAUGUGUCGGCCAUGUCGAUACAGUCGGAGAGGCCCAGGGGACGCAUCAGGUCCAAGUCCUUAGAGAGCUGCAAUGGGGAGGAGGAGGUGAAAGAGAGGAAAGAGAGGAGGAUAUCGUGGGGGCUGAGUUGCACGGAGGAGAGGAGGAGCGAGGGAGAGAGUCGCCUCUCUGAAGAGCUGAAGAGGAGGCGGCACACCGUGGGGGACGUCAGCAGGCAGAUGCGCGCGUGUGGGCGGAGCAUGCUGAAGAGCACGAGCGUGAGCGGGGAGAUCUACUCACGCGAGCGCACGGACGGCAGCCAAUCGGACACGGCGCUGGGCUCGCUGGGCUCCGGCGGGAAGAAGCGCCGCUCCAGCCUCAGCGCCCGCGUGGUCGCCAUGGUGGGGUCCCGCCGCAGCCGCAGCACGUCCCAGCUCAGCCAGACGGAAGCGGGCAAUAAGAAGAACAAGGGCCAGAUCCAGCGCAGCCAGGAGACGGGCAUGGCCGUGGAGUACCCGCGAAACGCCGUGCCGCGCCAGGCCAGCCGCGAGUCCAACAACGGCAGCAUGAACAGCUACAGCUCAGAGGGAAAUCUCAUCUUCUCAGGGGUUCGUCUGGGGGCGGACAGUCAGUUUAGCGACUUCCUGGAUGGACUGGGCCCCGCUCAGCUGGUUGGCAGGCAAACCCUCGCCACGCCCGCCAUCGGAGACAUUCAGAUCGGAAUGAUGGACAAGAAAGGACAGCUGGAGGUGGAGGUGAUCAGAGCCCGUGGCCUCAUACAGAAACCCGGGUCCAAAUCCCUCCCCGCCCCGUAUGUUAAGGUCUAUUUGCUGGAUAACGGAGCGUACGUAGCCAAAAAGAAAACAAAGAUUGCACGAAAAACACUUGAUCCCCUCUAUCAGCAAGCGCUACUUUUUGAGGAGAGUCCACAGGGUAAAGUUCUGCAGGUAAUAGUCUGGGGAGACUACGGGCGAAUGGACCACAAAUGCUUCAUGGGAGUUGCACAGAUCCUAUUGGAGGAGCUGGACCUAUCGAGUACAGUGAUUGGCUGGUACAAACUGUUUCCGCCCUCCUCGUUGGUGGAUCCCACGUUAGCGUCUCUGACCCGACGCGCUUCCCAGUCAUCGCUUGACAGUUCGUCGGGACCCCCCGGUGUUCGGUCCUAGUAGACUCGCGGGAGAACGAAUUACUGGGGGGGGGGGUCGGGUGGGUUAGAUAGAAAAUAAAUUUUAAAAACUUAGAGCAACAAUCAGAAACAGACAGAAUCACGAUCAAAGCUUUGUUGGAGCCUGACAAUCACUCCUGUAGCUUUCCUUGAUUUUUAGUAGUUUUUUUUUCUCUCUCUUUUUAAAAUUGUUUGUCAUUCUUUUAUUUCGUGUUCGUUAUGUUUUUUAUUUCUUCAAAAUAAUAAUAAUAAAUAAAUAAAUAAAUAAAUAAAAAAUAGGGCUGUCACAGAAAGCGAGUGAAAACUCUGAUGAAGUGAUAACACAGGGAUGAGGUGAUAACACAGGGAUGAGGUGAUAACACAGUGAUGAGGUGAUAAAACAGUUAUGAGGUGAUAACACAGUGAUGAGGUGAAAACACAGGGAUGAGGUGAUAACACAGGGACCACAGGGUUUAAAUGCUGAAAGCAGGCCGGUUUUUUAACCCGAACGGCAGCAGUGAGGGACCCGCGCUCGUUAAGCGGUCCUGUCGGACCCUGACCGUCCGGAGGUGUUCCGCGCCGGCGGCUGGGUGUGAUGUUGCCGUGGCGAUCCUCUCCUCGUGCGCGGGCGCCGCGGGGUCCGGCCCCGGGCCCCUACCCCUCGGCACAGAGCCCUUUCCAGUCUGUCCGUCACACGCCGCUCUUGUUUUUCCCCACUAUCUUCUCUCUCACUCUCUCUCUCUCUCUGUUUAUUGCACACUGGCGCUCACAUUCGCAUCAUGAGAAAAAAAGAAAGAGUUUUUAUGUUUUCUGAUGUUUUGCAUGGAAUAAAAAAACAAAGAAGAAAAGGAGAAAAAAAAACUGAAAUGAAAAAACAAAGCAAUCUCUCUGCUACUGAUGCUGGGGACUUUUUAGGAGAAGCAGCGUCACUUUAAUUUUAUUAUUAUUACUGUUGUUAUUAUUACUUUUAUUUUGACAGUGAAACGCUUGCUUGUAGUGCCACUCACUCCGUUGCAUCAUGAACGUGUGGAAUUCGAGCCUCUCUGUGUAGACAGACGUACAUUCUUACCUCCUCUGAGGGGUCGACCAAUAAAAGGGGUUUUAGCAUAAGCCACUUUGAGCUGUCGCCAUGGCGAGGGCCCGCGUGUCGCUGGGGACACUUCGGCCUGCCACGGAGAGAGCGUGAUUAAAAUAAAAUGAAAUAAAAUAAAAUAUUCGGUUCAGUUUCACUGACUGUUUCAGGGGUGGAAACCCUGCACAUGUUAGAGUUUUUAUCAGACUUCUGUUUACAUUAUUUUGAGAUUAACGCAAGCACAAGAGCUUGAUUUUUUACUGCAAAAAGUUUAACUUUUUGAAAAAAAAUGGUGAAAAAAAAGAAAAAAGUCAAAUUAAGAUUUGCUUCGUUUACGUCAGUUUCAUUUCCUCUUUGCCUAGAUUUGUGGGGGAAAAAUAAACAAACAAACAAACAAAAAAAACUAGACAAAAAAAAAAGAAAACUAAAUAAAUCAUUCAGAAUUCCCUCAUGCAUUUUCUGUGAAUGUGA